GAACUUCCCGGACAAAUCAUAUCGCCAUUGCACCCAGAUGGAUAAACUGCUAGCGAUGCCCUCUGUCAAGAGCGUUCCAAAGAUUCCAGAAGACCUCGAGAAAUACCAAGAAAUAUUUCUUAAUUUUCAUGUAGUAGUGGAGCUCUCUAGAAACGGCCCUUCACCUCGAAUGGCGAUCAAUGGCAAACGACUUGCUUAUCCAAGUUCCCCGCCAAUUACAUUUCCGGAGACGAACUCAUUCAAAUCCUGCAGGCUUUGUGACGAACUCACGGUAUUCAGAAACAUAUGUGAAUGCUCUCACGUUAUACAGGUUCCCCUGGGUACAGUGGUACAACUUGUUCUUUUUUCCAUCACUCAGAUUCCUGUUGGGUUAUCUCACCCUAUACACCUCCACGGACAUGAGUUUCACGUUUUAAAGACCGGUUAUGGCCAGUAUGAUAACGUUACAGGUAUGUUACUAGACGUCACACACGACAUCGAUUGCCAUGGUGACAUGUAUUGCCACAGAGCUACGUGGACGAAUAAGGACUGGCAUGGUGACGACAUACCUGAAUUGAAUAUGGUCAGGCCUCCUGUAAAAGACACAGUCAUCGUACCCCAUGGUGGAUAUGUCGUUAUUAGAUUCACAGCAGACAAUCCAGGUUGGUGGAUCAUGCAUUGCCACGUAGAGCAUCAUUUAUUAGAAGGAAUGGCGUUGUUAUUUAAAGUUGGCGAAGACUCUGAUAUCAGUAAACCGCCGAAGAAUUUCCAUACGUGUGGCGAUUUCCAGAUGUCGGAAAAAGAGUUUGAAGAGAAAUUAGAAGGGCCUGAAAAAACACCUUUCAGUAUCCAGACGUUGAACGUGAAGAUAAAUUCGCAAACACCUACACACGGUAAAUAA